AUGGCCUCAAUUCAACUCACGCACUUGCAAGACCUUAUCGACAAAUAUCAGGAAACCCGGAAGAAGAAUGACCUUGACGAGCUGAUCGAAUACACGGAAAAGGUUAUUGCUUCCCUUCAUGAAGACGACCCAACUCGGCCCAAGCAAGUGAUUGCUCUCGCCAGUUGGACUGGACAACUAUACCAGUUCGACGGAGAUGUAGCACACAUUGACCAAUCCAUCGACAUAACCCGAGAUGCACUUCAAUCUGCUGUGCUUGACGACAUCUAUCGCGCCGAAGCCCAAGGCAACUUGGCGCUCCACCUCGUCGACAGGUUCGACAUCACUAGACAGCAAUCAGACAUCGAGGAGGCUAUCAAACUCACUCGCGGCACUCUCAAAGUUGUUCCAGAGGAUGAUCCGGAUCGAGACUCCUGGCUAGGAAAUCUAGGCAAACAGCUAUCGAGAAAAUAUCUCUACACCAGCGACGUCUCGGCUCUGGAGGAAGCCAUCAGCUUCAGCCGCCAGUCAGUCGAUGCUGUAUCAGACGGUAGUCUAAACAAAGGCCUAUGGCUGAGCAACCUCGGAAACCGCCUCCAUGAACGGUUCUGGCAGUACGGGGAGAUCAAGGACCUUGAAGAGGCCAUUGUGUGUCUGCGAAAAAGCCUUGACCUGACCCCUGAAGACCACGGAGAACGAUCCAUGAGGCUCGCCAAUCUGGCUGGCAAAUUAUCAGAGCGGUUUUCUCGACUCGGGAAGCGAGAAGACUUAGACCAAGCCAUUGACCUAACCCGGCAAGCCGUUGAGGGUACUGGAGAAAAGGAUCCAUGGCGACGAGCCUGCUAUCACAAUCUGGGUCUGGAGCUGUCCAAGAAGUACCGCAUCACUGGAGCAACAAAAGACUUGGAUGAAGCCAUCGCAUGCCUUCGCGAAGCCGUCAAGACUACACCAGAAGAACACGCAUCCGUGAACCAAUGGCUGAAUCUCCUUAGCAUUUUGCUUGGCCGAAGAUUUCUACGCUUCGGGUCAAUGGCAGACACCGAGGAGGCCGUGAACGCUGCCCGCCAGGCCGUCGAAAAUACAGAAAAGGGUGAUCGAGACUACCGGGUGUAUCUCACAAGCCUGGGCAAUCGCCUCCGCGAUAAAUUUACUCGCACCCAUUCUCUAGAGGAUCUCAACGAAGCUAUUUCGGUCACCAAGCAAGCAAUCGAUGCCACUCCAGAGGGGCAUACGGACCUACCUACCCUCUGGCACAACCUCAGUACCCAGCUUUCUGCCAGACAUUCACUAGACAAGGACGAUCAGGACGACCAAGAUAUUGCCUCUCGCUACUGGGCUUCGGCGAUGGAGUUUGAAAACGCGCCGGUUAGGAUUCGUCUCAUGGCUGCAGAUCGACGGUUGUCAGCCGUGAAUCUCCUCGACGAUUUGGAGAGGGCGUAUGAGAUCGCCAACGCCACUGUUGCCCUGAUGCCCCGACUAGCCCCGAACUCACUGUCAAGCACGGACAAACAGCAAGUUCUUGAGCAAGUUGUUGGGCUGGCCUCCAAGGCGGCUGCCAUUGCGUUGAUGGCAGGUAAAGGAGCGGCCUGUGCCAUCAAAAUUCUGGAGACAGGGCGUGGUAUCCUUGCCAGCUCUCUCCAAGAUCUCCGGUCGAACCUGUCCCUUGUUGAUCUUGAGCAUCAACAUCCCGAGCUGGCAGAAUCGUACCAUCGUCUUCGUGCUCUUCUUGACAAGCCGGCCCCAGACAACGAACUCGGUUCAUCCCUUGGCAAGGACCAGUCCCAGAACACCGAUGAACGAUUUGAAGCCGUUGAACAAAUGGAGACUCUACUCGACGAGAUCCGUACGAAACCCGGGUUUGAGCGAUUCCUGACAUCUCCCUCCGAACAGGAGUUGUUGGAAGCAGCUGCGGAAGGCCCGAUUGUCAUCCUGAAUGUCAGCUCAUACCAAUGUGACGCCUUGAUUAUCGAUGGUCGCGGAAUAAGAGACGUGAAUCUACCCGAACUCUCCAAGGAGGUCAUUGCCAAUCGAGAAAAGAAACUGGAAUCGUUCGAAACACUUGAGUGGCUUUGGGAUGUCAUCACCCGCCCAGUCCUGGAGGACCUGGGCCUUCUCACAUCAGCUACCGAGACCUGGCCGCGGAUUUGGUGGAUUCCAACUGGACCGCUUGCCAGGUUUCCCAUCCACGCUGCAGGAUAUCAUCUGGACUCUGGUGCGAAAACGGUUCUUGACAGGGCCAUCUCAUCGUACUCUCUUUCUGUCAAGUCGAUCAUAAGCAACCGUCAGAGUCGAGAAAAGAAUGCUGCAGCUCAAGUGAUGUCAGGAAGCGCCCUCUUGGUCUCCAUGAAGGACACGCCACGUUAUGAGAGGCUGGCCAACGCGGAGAAAGAGAUCAAGGAGGUGCAAUCUGUGUGCGAAUCAAUUCCCAUCAAUUGUGUGAAGCUUUCACAACCACAUCGAGAUAAGGUGUUAUCGGAGUUGCCGGGAUGUGGGAUAUUCCACUUCGCUGGACAUGCCCAAACGAUGAAGGACAACCCGAUGGCCAGCAUCAUUCUCCUCGAAGACUGGAGAGAGAAGCCCUUUACCGUGGAGUCCAUCUUUGAAACGAAUUUGAGCGAAAAGAUGCUCUUCCUUGCAUACCUCUCCGCUUGUGGUACGACCCAGAAUCAACACGACAAGUCCAUUGAUGAAAACAUUCAUCUGACCAGCGCGUUUUGGCUGGCUGGCUUUCGCCACGUCAUUGGGACACUCUGGGCAGUUGAAGAUGCGCUCUGUGUCCGCAUGGCAGGGUUGACCUACAAGUUUCUCAAGACACAUGGAAUGAGUGACGAGAACGUUAGUCGUGCUCUUCACUUCGCGACGAGGGAGCUUCGGGACGACGCCGUUGGAAGGAAAAAGGACGAUACAAACGACCCGGGGCCAGGUCCAAGUGCACUCGAGAAUGAGCGUGGCGUCGACGGCUCAGGAGAGACGCAGCCGGCAGGAGAUGAAGAAAGGGGGAAUAGCAGGGAAGGGGAGUUACGGGACAAGAGGAAGGCAACGUUUAAAAAGCCAGGAGGUUCCAGCACGAAGGUUAGAGCGCCGUCUGCUCAUUGGGUUCCCUAUGUUCAUUAUGGUUCGUAA